AUGUUCAUUAUCUCCAAAUUUCAGGAUAAGCUACAUCCCAUUUUGAGUUGUUCCCGAAAUAUCCUUCAGGCUCAUAUUGAUAUUUUUGGGGUGUCGAACUUCAAUGCACAAGAAAAAAUCCUUCAGUUGGCACUUGGGAACGAGAGCACUUUCAACGAUCCCGAUAUCGAUGUAAUACUUGUUGGAACUAAGGUGAUGUACUUUUCUCGAGUUCUUAGGAAGGAGAAGGCAAUUAUCGUACCGAAGGAGUGGUGUAGUAAUUUGGGAGCUAAGCAGGUGCUCACUUCAUCUCCGGUUGCACAGAAAUUAAUGGAAUGCUACAAACCGAACAUAAAUCUUGAAAACGAAGCGGACUCCAUUACAAAGUCAUUGAGACUCCUUCGUGACUCAUUUCGAAGAGAGAAUAUUCCACUCGUGAUGACAUAUGGCUCCUUACUAGGAUCACUACGAUAUCUUCGCAGAACCCCAUUCGAUUCUGACUAUGACAUGUCUGUGAGGAACGAUGACUGGCCACGAAUCGAAAAAAUUCUGACUAAACAUGCUUUCAAUUCCAGUAAUCGAAUGCGGAUAUUUGACCUUAGACCUGCAGAUGCUAAUCUAAAACUAGGACUGGCUUGUGCGAAAAAUGGCAGUUGGCGUGAUCCUACUCUAUGA